UUCGUUAUUCAAUCUCCGGUCAAGACCUGCCGGAGUUUCUUCCAUGUACUCUUGUAUUCUCGUUCUCGUUCUCGUUCUCUUUCAGUUUCUGUUUUACUUCAUCCCUCAGACCCAUCAUUUGUACCGAAUGUUAGUGUUGCAAUUUCGUCCUGUUUUGAAAGAAGAGUCUUCACCUUAUGUCUUCUUGCUGUUGCUUCUUGUCAAUAGCAUUCCGAUUGAGAAAUGAUACGGGGACGACCGUCCUGUAAGUAUUAUCUUUCUCUGAACUUCAGAAACUUGGUUACGACUUGUACUGUCCCACUUGAUCCUCCAACUACUUCUAGUUUCUCUUCUGCAAGCGAACAUAAAAAUUUGUGCUUUUCCUUAGUGGAGCAGCUAAUUCGUCGUGGCUUGUUUUUUCAGGCGCAACAAGUGAUACAACGAAUUGUAACACAAUCUUCUUCAAUUUCUGAAGCUAUUUCGAUUGUUAAUUUUGCUGCCGAAUGGGGUUUGGAGCUUGAUUUGGCUACCCAUGGUUUGCUUUGCCGGCAACUUGUUUACUCUAAACCACAGUUGUCUGAAUUUCUGUACAAUAGGAAAUUUGUAGUUGGAGGUGCUGAGCCAGAUGUGUUACUUUUGGAUUCUAUGGUAAGCUGCUUUUGUAGGCUAGGAAAAUUUGAGGAGGCACUGAGCCAUUUUAAUCGACUCCUUUCGUUGAAUUAUGUCCCAAGUAAAGUUUCAUUUAAUGCGAUCUUUCGAGAGCUUUGCGCACAAGAAAGGGUUUUAGAGGCGUUUGACUAUUUCGUGAGAGUCAAUGGAGCUGGUAUUUACUUGGGAUGUUGGUGUUUUAAUGUCUUGAUGGAUGGGCUAUGCAAUCAGGGGUUUAUGGGGGAAGCUCUUGAAUUGUUUGAUAUAAUGCAAAGCACUAAUGGUUAUCCUCCUACAUUGCAUUUGUUUAAGACAUUGUUCUAUGGCCUUUGUAAGAGUGGAUGGUUAGUGGAGGCAGAGUUGUUGAUCAGAGAAAUGGAGUUUCGAAGUCUAUAUCCUGACAAGACGAUGUAUACUUCUUUAAUUCAUGGAUAUUGCAGAGAUAAGAAAAUGAAAAUGGCAAUGCAAGCGUUGUUUAGAAUGGUAAAAAUAGGCUGUAAGCCCGAUACUUUUACAUUAAAUUCAUUGAUCCAUGGGUUUGCGAAGCUGGGUCUAGUUGAGAAGGGUUGGUUGGUAUAUAAGCUUAUGGAAGACUGGGGAAUCCAGCCUGAUGUAGUAACUUUUCACAUCAUGAUCGUUAAGUAUUGUCAGGUAGGGAAGGUUGACUCUGCGUUAAUGAUUUUGAAUAGUAUGGUCAGCUCCAAUUUAUCUCCUAGCGUUCAUUGUUAUACAGUUUUGAGUAGUGCGCUUUACAGGAAUGGUAGGUUAGAAGAAGUCAAUGGAUUGCUUAAAAGUAUGUUGGACAAUGGAAUCAUACCUGAUCAUGUGUUGUUUUUAACACUUAUGAAGAUGUAUCCAAAGGGACAUGAACUUCAGCUUGCUUUAAAUAUUUUAGAGACAAUUGUAAAGAAUGAGCGUGGGUGUGAUCCUUCUGUAAUCUUAGCCAGUACAGAGUGGCAAACAUCAAGCAAUCUGGAGCAAAAAAUUGAAAUACUUCUGAAAGAAAUUUCAAAUAGCGACUUGAACCUAGCAGGUGUGGCGUUUAGUAUUGUGAUUUGUGCUUUAUGUGAGACAGAAAAAUUUGGUUAUGCUUUGGAUUACUUGCAUGAUAUGGUAAGCCUAGGAUGCAAGCCUCUGCUCUUUACUUAUAAUUCCUUGAUUAGGCGUCUUUGCAAGGAGCGGCUUUUUGAGGAUGCCAUGUCUCUAAUCGAUCACAUGAAAGACUAUAGUUUGUUUCCGAAUACCGCAACAUAUUUGAUUAUCGUAAACGAAUACUGUAGGCAGGGUAAUGUUACAGCAGCAUACUAUACUCUAAGGAAAAUGAGACAGGGUGGAUUGAAACCAAGUGUUGCUAUUUAUGAUUCAAUAAUCAGGUGUUUAAGUAGGGAAAAGAGAAUUUUUGAAGCCGAAGUUGUUUUCAAGAUGAUGCUUGAGGCUGGUGUGGAUCCUGAUAAGAAGUUCUAUUCGACGAUGAUUAAUGGCUAUAGUAAAAAUGGAAGGAUUCUUGAAGCAUGUGAAUUGUUUGAGCAAAUGGUUGAGAAUUCUGUCCCACCAAGCUCUCAUAUUUAUACAGCGCUGAUUCGUGGCUUGGUUAUGAAAAAUAUGACUGAUAAGGGAUGUUUAUAUCUGGGCAAGAUGUUAAGAGAUGGGUUUUUACCUAAUGUUGUAUUGUAUUCCUCUCUUAUCAACCAUUACCUAAAGGUAGGAGAGGUUUAAUAUGCCUUUUGAUUAGUUGAUUUGAUGGAAAGGAGCCACAUUGAACCCGCUGUUAUCUUCUAUAUCACAUUGGUCAGUGAUGUUUGCAAAAAUUUAAGUGUCAGCAAGAAAAAAUGGUGCCUGCUAGAGAAAGAUAAUGAAAAGGCAAAAUUUACGUUGUUUCAUCUGCUCCAUGAAACAAUUAUUGUUCCCAAGGAUAAUAAUAAGAUAGUUCCCACAAAUUCUACCUAGGAAAUGAAAUCCUUGGCAUUGAAACUUCUUCAGAAGUUUCAAGAUGUAAGCAUUAUGCCUAACUUGCAUAUGUGUACAUUGUAAGACAGAUGGGAUGUUGGGUGGCAAUUAGCACUUGGAAUUAAUGCAAAAAGAAGGGUUGCGUCCAAAGCAUGUUACUUUCACUAUACUUAUGAACGGGCGUAUUCUUGUGGGCGAUGUUAACUCUUUUAUUGGGUUGUUUGAUAAGAUGCAUGUAGAUGGGUGUAUUUCGGUUAAAGUUGCGUUUAACACCUUUCUGAAAGGCCUUUCUCAAGGAGAGAGACUCUCUGAUGGAUUAUCACUCUCACAUACAAUGCGUAAAAGAAGGUUUUUCCCCAACUCCAUUUAUACUAGCUUAUCAUAAUUAAUAAAACUUUUCUUGAGCGUGUGAUUCAAGUGGCUGUGCUUUCAAGUUUGCUGAGGAAUUGAUGCCCAUGAUCAACUCUUACCUCAUUGGAAAUGAUGCAAAUUGGCUGCCCACAUCCUUGAGGAAGAUUGAAGAAAACUUUUUGUUCUAGAGUCCAGGAGUGAAUGGGACCUCUGUGUUUGGCAACCACGACUGCCCUGCAAUGAAAUUUUGGACGGUGAACUCUGAUGCCUCUGUUGAAUUGCUUAUAACAUGGUAACCUUUCCACUUCACUCGCUGGCUAAUUGGUGAUCCAGGACCAAUGUUGUUAUACUCUCCAUAAUAUAAGGUAUUCAACGCGAAGUCACCAUCCCACUCCAACCAACCUGUUGGAUCAACCAAACUAUCAAUGUCAUCUGUGGCCAUGACUCGUGAAUUGUGGAUUGAAAUGCCAGUAUUUUGAUUUGGAUCUGUCCGUCCUUGAGCAGUGACUGCGUUCUUCUGACCAUUCAUUGGCUUCCUUGCAUAAAUCAUGCAAUUCUGUAGAACAACUGCAGCAUUGCCAAAUAUAAAAUCUACGGUGCCGUAAAUAUAACACUCCUUAUAGAAUUGUCUUUGUGAAUGGACAUAAAGGGUGUCUUGAUACCCUUCAAAGGCACAACGGUAGAAAACAGAAAGAUCAGCGCCAGAUCGGAGUGCAACUGCUUGAUGGUUCUCCGGACCAGCGGUAUUCUGGAAUGUGAUGCCGCGAGCUAUAAAUCCUUCACCAGUCACCGCUGAUUGUCACGAAAUACAAACAAGUAUUUCUCGUUAUUCAUAUUUGAUUUCACAAUGCUGUUUUAGGAAUGUAUAAAUAAAAGUGAAAACGUGUACAAGUAUUUGACUUUUGCAGCCAUAUGAUGUAUAGUAUGAAAUACGGUAUAUAUAUGUUGCCAUUUUUAUAUUGAUGUUGACAAAGAAAGCUGGGAUGCUGGCCACAAAUAAUUCUAGCUUUGAGAAA